CCGGCCCGGCACGAGGCGGGACGCGCCCCGGCUGUAGCCGCCCGCAGGAACCAAAUGUCAUGGCUGACGAAGAGCUGAGCGCCCGAGCUGCCAGAAAGGGAAGUUUGUCACCCAGCAGCUCCCGGGGCAGCACGACCGAGUCAAGCACGCUGCUGCAGGAGCUGAAGAGCGCCAUCUCCAAAUCCGUGCAGAACAAAGUCGACUCCAUCCUGCAAGAUGUCCAGAAGUUUUCAGACAACGAGAAGCUCUACCUCUACCUGCAGCUGCCGUCGGGACCAAGCUUGGGGGAGAAGAGCGGUAGCCUGGACCUGAGCUCGCUGAGCACGGCCGAGUACAUGCACGCAUGCAACUGGAUCCGGAACCACCUGGAAGAGCACACAGACACCUGCCUGCCCAAGCAGGACGUCUACGACGCCUACAAGCGAUACUGCGAUAACCUCUGCUGUCGCCCUCUGAGCGCCGCCAAUUUCGGCAAGAUCAUCCGGGAGAUCUUCCCAAACAUCAAAGCCCGACGCCUGGGAGGCCGAGGACAGUCGAAGUACUGCUACAGCGGGAUCCGGAGGAAGACGGUGGUCAGCCUGCCGCCCCUGCCCAGCCUGGACCUCAAAGUGACGGAGACCCAGUCGGAGCUGACGGACCUGGUGCAGUCCUACAACAGCGAGGUGAUGGAGGCGGCCUGCGCCCUGACCUGCGACUGGGCUGAGAAGAUCCUCAAGCGCUCCUUCAACAACAUCGUGGAGGUGGCCCAGUUCCUCAUCCAGCAGCACAUCAUCAGCUCCCGCUCAGCCCGCGCCGACCUGGUCAUGGCCAUGGUGGUCUCAGAGAGCGCGGAGAAGAUCCACCGCGAGAGUCGGACCCCACCGACGGCGAAGAAGAACGGCCUGGACACCUCCGAGAGCGGCGACGGGAGCCCGGGGCAGAUCAAGAAGGAGAGCGGCCCCAAGCCCCCCGGCCCGCCCCGGCCCGAGAAGAAGAAGCCCCCGGAGCCCCCCAAGGCGGCCAGCAGCCCCCAGGUGAACGCCCUGGUCGCCCGCCUGCCCCUGCUCCUGCCCCGCAUCCCGCCGGGGGAGCGACCCACGGCGCCCGGUGCCGCGGCCGUCCGCUCCUCCCCUCCCGUCCUGGCGCCCAAAAUCACGGCCGCCCCCCUGGGGGGCACGGUCAAGGUGGCCCUGCCGCUGCCGCAAGCCGCCGUCCCCGUCCUCAACGUGCUGCUGCCCGGCGUGGGUGUCCCCGCGGCCGAGAGCCCCGCCAACCCCCGGAGCGCGGGGGGCGGCGAGGGUCCCGGCCCCCAGGACUCGCAGCGCCCCAAGGCCACCAAGCGUCCCCCGGAGCCGGCCGGCGACACCGCCCCGCGGAAGCGGAGACGCGGGCGGCCGCGGAAGAGGCCGGAGGAAGGGGGCGCGGGGUCCCCGGGGGAGACGGCGGAGCUUCGCUGCGGGGCGGCUCCGGCUGCCGAUGGCGGUGGUGGCUCGCCCGGCGGUGGCGGUGCCACCAGCCCCCUUGGGGACAGCCCGGCCGGGGGCCCCCUGCCCACCCAGGUCAGCGUCAUCCAUGACGGCAGGAGCAGCGCCAAGGUGGCCGAUGGCCGCGAGCCGGACGCCGAGGAGGUGGCGGCGGCGGCACAGCGGAGCCCAGGCGAGGCCGGGUCCCCCCUGGGUGACGCGGGGGGCUCCUGUGCCCCCCGGGACGGGGGCGGCCCCCCCACGCAGUGCCAUGGACAGACGCAGGCGGGGUCUGCUGCUGCGGCCCCCCAGCAGUUGGGCGCGUGCCCCCGUGCCCCCACGCCCCGGGGGGGCUCACCGGGGCGGGCGGGGCUCUGCGCCCACCCUGGCACUUAG